AUGAGCCAUUCACUUUCUUUGCAUGAGGUGGUCGGUUUUCGUCCACACAAACGCAGGCGCUUCUCACCUCACGAGGACCACGAUGUCGACCUUGAAACUAAAUCCGUGACAGAAGAUGAAGCCGACCUUGGAAUACGCCAACUUAUUGCUGAGGAGAUCGACCUGGAAAUUGCUAUCCGCCAACGCCUUCUAAGCACCAUCGACUCUCGUAUAACAUGGGCACUUAUGCUACAGGAGGCUCUCGUUCGGGACUCAUCCACUCCAGCUCCUGAUGCUACACCAGACGACUUUCAAGAAGCUGCUUUAGACGCUCUUAACGCUGUCGAAGUACCUUGCGCAUUCUUAUUUGAUCGAGAAGAGUCAGUAUACGACGAUGCUGAACCUCCCUCUCUUCGUUCAUUCUCCCCUGUGGCCCCAACACUGCGAGAGCGAAUACCUCCAAAGGUCAGGCCGACGCGUACGGCUGCAGCAAAACUCCACCCGCAGAAAAAGCUACUCUAUAUCCGUCUGCCCCCUUCACAGAUAGCCGUCGAUGAGCAGAUUGCUAUUCUCACUUGCCCUACUUGUACUCGCACGCAGUUCAGCACCCUUCAAGGGCUCUUGAAUCACGCGAGGCUCGCUCAUGGUAUUGAGUGGGCCAGCCACGACGCGUGCAUCACGGCUUGUGCUGUUCCGGUAUCCUCCAGUGACGAGGUGGAGAAAGAUCGGGUUGAGGAGGAAGGUGUUGAAGUACCUUGGGGAGGAAGUGUCGUCGGUCUACAGCGACUUUUCGAACGAGCCGUCGGUGUCAAUCUGCUCGCGUCUCUUGUUUCUGAAGAAGGGCAGGGAGCUGCUGGUGCGGCAGCCAUACCCAGUACCCUACUUUCACGCACCCUCGGUUUACAUGCAGACUCCCCUGCUCUUGCUCUAUUUCUUGGCAGAACCCCAAAACGGAGAUGCAUACAUGCUUAUGAGGAAGAUACAGAUGUUGACAUCCUUAGUAUCGACAUUGCUCCACGCAGACCCUCCUCCACUUUCGAAAGUAGGGAAGGAGUUACGAGGAGAGCAGACGAGGGCGAUCAUCAUCAUCCUUGGCGAAUGGCUUUUCCGCAUCGAAAUAGAGCUCGGCCUGAACUCGAUCUUGUUGUUGACGUGCCUGCCCUUGUUGAUAACGUUGCAGAAAACACAACAACUUCUGCGAUACCAGGAAGCACAACUUCACGCUUCCAUAUCACCGCUCGUGUGCAUAUCACAGAUAGAAGUUUAUUUAUAUCUCCAAGUCGACGUGUAGACCUCAGUAUUCCGCCAUCGCAUACUCACCGGUGGAUGCUCAGUGUUACUGCUCCUUCUUAUUCGAUACCUCUAGCUUCAUUCAUGAUACGCUUGACAGUUUUGGCGGUGGCUCCAUCUGAUAAUACACAACGGCAACCUUGUACUGUGGAAAAAAUGCCCUUCGCCAUCAUAGGCUCAUCGUCUGAGCCCUUUCUUGCAAAGGUCGUGAUGGAGUGGGCCAGUGGCGGAAGAAUGGAAGUAGAACAUUGGAUCGAUCUUGACCCUGGGAAUGCAGCGAGCUCUGUUCUUGGUUCAGAACAAGUUCACGAUGUCGAACUUGAUAGAGGGACACGCCUCCUCCCUGUCCCUCUCGGUCCUCCACCGCCUAUUCCUUCCUUGGAACGUGAACCUGCGGAGAUUACAAGACAAUCUAUGACAAAAUCUCAAGAAUCUAUAAAUGAAUUAGGAUACGAGAAGGUUCUGCGGAGUUUGUUGCCAAGAGUUCCUAUGACGCUCAAAGAUAUGAAAUUCCGUUCACCUUUCCAGGUACCAUAUAAGCUCGUUCCCUCCCCGGCGCAUCUUCUGGCGCUUGUACCUGGGAGACGGAAAGCCAUCGAAUGGGGAAGAGCCCGAGCCUUGCAAGCACUUUAUGUCCAACAUGCCAGCUCGGCUUCGGCAGAAUUGAUUUCCCUCACUGUUGGUGAUUUCCCGUUCCGAAGUGCGAAAGAUAAGAAGGACAAAGUCAAGGACAAGGACAGGGAGACAGAAUCCACACCUUUGCCAGUGGAUGAACCCUGCUUUGUCUGUGGUAUAAAGAAACGUUUCCACCCCGCACUUGCCGUCACUGCCAAAGUGAAGAAGGAGCCUAUUUUCGACGAGACAGUAACCUGGGUUUGCGAUAUCGUUCCGCCACACGAACUUGAACGGGGUUUACGAAUACCCACUGUUGAUUUGACGAAGAUUUUUGGAGGUGGACUAGAAACUGCCCUAUACGCCGGGGCAACCGCGGAAGAUGGGCGAGCGCUUCCACAUCAAUCUAUGGCUUCUUCUCAAACGCUCAGACCCUGGCGUUAUUCUCCUCGGCAGAUUGUCUCGUUAAGUCCGCCAGACCUCAUUCUUACUAUUCAUAGGAGCGUCGGAUCUUUGCGACUUUCGCAUUUUCCCGAACUUCCCUCUCCCUCUCUGGACAAUCGUCGUACAAAUUCAGAGGUUGAAGAAGCGUUCGCACCAUCAGCGCUACUAGCCGCUGUGCUCAAACCGUUUAUUGCCGUCCUCGUGCGCUCUGCAGUGGACGUUGCAAAACGGGAUAUUGCGAUUGCAUCUGGUGUUGGAAACAGUAGUACUGUUGCAGUUGCUGGACAAGGCAAGGUGGCACGAACUAAGCGAGGAAGAAAAGUAGGGUCUGUUCUAACUCCAGGACACCUCUUACGAGGGCUGUCAUUGCCUAAUCCUGUCCAUGGUGACGGGCUCGCUACGACUACUCUCAAAGACAUGUUGGGGCUUUGUCUGGCGGGAGUGAGAGUCCCUGUAGAGUUUGGACGAUCGUUGACGCGAGCUUCUCUCCGUCAGAUUGUGGAUCGGGAUGGCAGUGUAGAAAUGAGGGAGGCGGAUGAAGGCGAUGUGGUUAAAGUGGAACCGCCGUGA